AUGAUAGUCCAAGCAAUAUCAGAUUACUAUCAACCUCUCGGAGUUGACAGAAGUGCCACCACAAAAGAAAUCAAAUCAGCCUAUAAGAAGCUCGCGCUCAAGUACCACCCUGACAAGAACCCAGGUGAUGUUACAGCUUUCGAUAGAUUCGUCGAAAUCGGCAAGGCUUAUGAAGUUUUAUGCGAUCCUGAACGAAGGCCAAGGCAUGACGCAGAGCGAAGACCGACACAUGAGGCGAAAAGAACACCAACACAUUCCCAGAGACCGAAACAGUCUCAGCAAACACGGAGGCAGUCUCAGCAAAAACGCAAGCAGUCUCAGAAAACACGGAAGCAGUCCCAACAAACAAGGAAACAAUACCAUGGACAAAAGACGACACAUGAGACUGAACAAAGCAACCAUUCCCCCUUUGAGAAACAAAUCAAAUCCGCCUAUCGACAACUCACACUCAAAUACCAUCCCGACAAAAACCCGGGCAAUGAUAAAGCCCAUGACAAAUUCAUCGAAAUCGGAGAAGCAUAUGAAGUUUUAAGCAAUCCUGAAAAAAGACGUAAUUAUGAUCAAUAUGGUGAUCCUGAAGGCAGACCACAACCAGGUGGUGGUGGUGAUUUUGGUGACAUGUUUGCGCAAUUCUUCGAUGGCGGGGGACAGGGUCGUCGUCAACAACAACCAGGACAACGAAAGGGAGAGCUGAUCCGGGCCGCGUUAGAUGUUGCACUUAAGGAUUUUUAUAAUGGGAAAAUCGUGGAAUUUGAUGUUAUGAUGAUGAAUGAUUGUGAAAGUUGUAAAGGUACCGGAUCUGAAGAUAAUCAAAAACAUACUUGUCCUAAAUGUAAAGGACAAGGUGAGAUUCUUAUCCAACAUCAAAUUGCUCCAAAUAUGAUUUCUCAGACUCGACAAGUAUGUCCUCAAUGUCGUGGAAAGGGGAAGGUUAUUACUCAUCCUUGUAAACAAUGUCAAGGACAGGGUGUGGUUCGUGGACCUAGACAUUAUGAUAUAUAUAUUAAGCCGGGACAACCUCGAGAUUCUGCUCAUGUGUUGGAAGGUGAGGGUGAUAAGAAUCCAAAUUGGAUUCCUGGGGAUUUGAUUAUUUUGUUUCAAGAAAAAUUGGAUGAAAGUUGGGGUUAUAGAAGGGUUGGAAAUAAUUUAUAUCGUACUGAACCUAUUUCAUUGAAUGAAUCUUUAUAUGGUGGUUGGGAAAGACAGAUAAAGUUUUUGGAUGUUGAAGAUGAUAUUAUUAAGUUGAGUCGUGGUGUUGGCGUGCCUGUUGCCGAUGGAGAAGUUGAAGUACUUGUUGGGAAGGGAAUGCCAAUACUUGUAGAUCAUGAUGAGGAAGAACAAUUUGGUGAUUUGUUUAUUGAGUAUAAGGUGGUCAUACCGGGUGGAUCUCCUAAUAAACAACAACCAAAAGCAAAAGCAUUUGUCGCUGGUGGUGUUAAGAAAGAUGAAUUAUGA